UUAAAUUUUAACCGUCAACGGUCUGUGUCUCCGCCUCUGCUUAUUUUCAUCCGUUCUACUCGUUUCAUUUUCUGGAAUAAAAAAAGUAAACGCGAAUAUGGAAAGUGGUUCUUCAACCGAAGAACAUUCGAAGGACUCAACAAUUUCGAUUUGUGUUUGGAAACUGCGACGCUAUGGUCGAUUUAUCCCCGAAGGCAAAGCAAAACCCAAAUCCUCGGCCUGUAACGUUAACUGUGCGUGGAAGAUCUUCGAGUCCAGUGAAAGCGCUGGCCAGCUGGAGCUCAAUAUUCUGGCCUCUGGUCAUCUGCUAGUGUCUCAAGGCCAGGAACUCUUGGAGGGCUUUUCUCUGCUCGACGCACAGAGCUUCUUGAAAAUCCAGCACAAGUCAGACAGUCUGCUAUUCAACAUGACAAUCAAGGGUGAGAGCCGUUUGGUCCGACUGCAGUUUGAUGGCAGCAGUCGUGCAGAAGCGGCUGGUUUUUGCAGUAAAGCGGUGGAGAGGCUGCAGGAUUAUGUUCCUGUCCAGCAGCAUCUGAGCACACCUGCAUCUGCUGCUCCAUCUGAUCCUGCAGAACCUGGACCAUCUACACAGCAGCAGCUGCAGCAGGCUCCUGGAGAUGCACCACGGGAGGCCCCUGCCGCUGCCAAGGGACCGCUGUCAAUCAAACACCUUUCUCAGUUCUUCCUGGGCGAGCGUGAGCUGUGUCUGCCGAUGGCGUAUCAUCAGUGCACGCUGCCCUCUGGAGGCCUGGAGGCACUACUGCGCCUCUGUCUGCUCGAUUCGGGUUUUCCUGCGUUCGUGGAGGAAGUCGAGGAGAAGCUGAAGGAGCUGACGCAAGAAUGAGAAAACAAGACGAUUGUGAAGCCUUGAAAUUCUGUGCACUUAAAAAAAAAAAGCUAUUUUGCAAAGAUCCAGAUGGCAAUAACAUCAGCGCAUCCCGGUUUAUCCCAGCAAACAGUCAGAUUUGAAGAGACGAUGCCCUUCCAGAUGAAGUUAUUAUUGUUGUGGAUUACCGGGCAUGUAAAUGAAAUGAUUCAUGCGGCUCUCACAGUAAGAGACUGAGCCCACGGAAAGGUGAAUUUCACGGGAAAUAUGCAUGCAUCUCACAUCAGAUCUACACGCGACUCGCUUAAUCUUAAUCACACACAGUCGGGAGAAGAUUCAUCUUUACACACAAUAACCUUCAGACACAAUCUGAAAACUACACGAAAACAUGAGCUUGCAUAUCUCACCGUCUCGGACGUUUCUCCUAAAGCAUAUUCCACUUCUAUAUGAUCUCAGACUUCAGUAAGAUGCAGAAAACCUCAUUACGGUCUAGAAGAAUCAAUUAGUGAUUGUAUGGAAUAUUGCAUUGAAAUGAUGAUGGUGCGUAUGGUUUGUAAACUAGGGUUCAGUUUAACACUGAUGUAUUUGUACUGAGCUUGAACUCACAGCCAAAUAUUAAUAAAACAUGUCAGAAUGUGUCUGGGCUGGAUGAUUUAUCUAAUAUGCAUGAUAUAACAUAAUAUAAACUACCACAAAUUAAUGCUUUCAUUCAGUGAGGACGCA